CUUCCACACAGAAGUGCCAUACACGGCACUACCUCAUCUAUUUAGGAGGCUAGUACCAGCGGCUCCGUUAUAUCAGGUUGAGCCUCGUCAUGAUGGCGGGCUACUCCGUUGAGGCAGCCAUGGCUGAGGCCCUGGGCCAUCUCAACCGCAUCGCAUGUCAUGUAAGCGUCUCUCAUAUCACACAUGCAACGACUGGAGGCCAUUGCUGAGAGAACAAGUUUCGCAAACACGAGCAGCAUAGUGCUGCAAAUGAGAUUGGCAAACUGAGCAUUCUGAUUGUUAAUGUCUUCUCCGAAACGGUUGAGCAUAUCCCCAACAACGACUUUAUCUUUGAUGAUAUGGUAAGCUCCUCCGUCAGCAUCCGGAUACAAGAGAGAUUAGUCUAAGUAACAGUAGCAGGCUGAGAACAGCCAGAACGCUGUGGGUAACCACUACGCGAUACAGCAACAAGCCGUCGCGGCUCUCAUGAACGAGGUCGAGAAGGAGAGUGAGGGUAACAACGGUCAGAACUGCGUCUUGCAGAAGAUUGCAACUGAAGCCCAGCUCCCACCGACUGGAAGCUGGGCUCAAGUCGCUGGUUCAGCCUCAGGUCUUCCAGCCCAUCCUCAAGGAGCGGGGCAAUUUAUGCCGCCUCUGCCCCUGGGGCCGGCCUCUCUGUCCAAACAGAGCCUGGUAAAUGAUGAAAAUAGUGAUACUCGAUUGGCAGGCAUUUCGGAUGUCGCACUUCCUGCGCCCAUGUUCCCAGAAAUUCCAGAAGCCAAAGCAGGAGUCCUUCGUAUUUAUGGCAAGACGUCCAAAGACAUUAUUCAGUAUAUCACCACCCGUAUCCAUGAGGGUCCAUUGCAGGACAUCAGACUCGAAACCAAUGGAAGGACGCGGGUGACCUUCCAGCAUGCGUCUCAGGCGCUUGCUUUCCUGAAGUCCAACCAGGAGAUGGAGCAAAUGCUCGGCUUUGGGCGUUUUGGAUGCGGCUACCGCGUUGAAUUGGCCGAAAUUAUUGAUUGGAACGACGACCAUCGCCGGAUGAACCAGCCCAUCCGCGAGCGUCGCCGCCUGUCAUUCGCAAGGAAGCGGCUCUUUGCCGACAACAUGUCGCCAGAGAAAUGGAAACAAGACAUCCGCACUUUGGCAGGACCUGGAAAUAUUGAUUUCCUCUGGGUCUUCAAUUCGGGUAAUGGUGAGUGAGCAACAUCAACAUGAACAUACGAUAUAACUACGGUCUCUAAUGCAGUGAAUCCCGGCUAAUGCGGCGGUAGCGACGGCUGUCUUCACGAGCACGACCGUUGCUCGCAAGGUUUUGGAGGUGUUCAACCGAUGGAAGGACGGCCGAAACGUCUACAGUGGGGUUUCCGUGACCUACUCGUCGGACCCAUGCGAGAAAGAGUUAGUUUUGGUGAAAGACACCGCUCGCCCCAACGUUGCCAAGAACUUCGUGAAGAGACCCAUUCGAUAGAUGCAGGGCAGCCGUUGAACAGGUGGGCAGUGCUUUUAGCCUUUCAGCCCCUGUUUCAUCCCCAGCUGUCUAAAAUGAUAUCACAAUCAAGAUACAGACGAGGAAAAUCUGUCAGGGAAGAAAAGAAGAAAAGAAAAGAAAAGAAAAAGGAUAAAAAUAAAAAUAAAAGCAGGGAUAAACAACAAGGGUUAAAGCUGUUUGCGG